CAGAACCUUAUGGACCAUCGUGUCCAGCUCUGUUCUCACUCUGUUUGCGUGCACAUACAGUGCGAUUCACCCAAAUAUUCUGAGUCCCAAGGACAGCCCCCAUCGUAUCCUAUGGCGACAAUUGGGCAUCAUAAUAAUGGCACUUAUCGCUCCUGAACUGAUCGUUGCAUGGGCUAUGCGCCAGUGGUUCAGCGCACGCUCUGUUACAAGACAGUUUGAGAAAUCGGGGUAUCCCAACAUUCGUCUCGAGUCUGAAGAACAAUAUACCCAAGGUCACCAACUUUAUACUCUAUCUCGCACCUCAAAUACAUUUCCUCGUAACUCGCCUGCUUCUCAAGAUCAAGAUAGCUCCCAGGUUCUCUUAGCGCAUCCUGAAGCGCGCACCUUGAGACAUGAGGAGACUCGUGCUCUUGCGAAGCCAUUCAAAAAGUUGUUCAAGACUUAUGUUUCAGAGCCAUAUGAAGAUUAUGCGUGGACUCUUGCAAGGCCGUUCAAAAAGAUGUUUAAGGGCUAUGUUUCAGAGCGAUCUGAAGACGCACAGCUUCUUUGUGCUCAUGGGUGGUUUCAUGCUUUAUGUGGACGGGGAACCCUACCUCACACUACGGUAUAAUGACAUUCUCGAACUGUUGCGUAAAGACUGUAUCGACUUCCCUAUCCUGACGGCGAACCAGAUAUACGACAGAAGCAAAGGCAAUGCGAUAUCAAAAGGAUUGGUCAUGCUUCAGGUGGCUUGGUUUGUCAUGCAGCUCACCACCCGCGCCAUCUGUCGCCUCGAAGUCACUCAGAUCGAAGUGGGGACACUCGCUUUUGCAGUUCUCAAUUUCCUAACUUAUGCUGUGUGGUGGGACAAGCCUCUCAGCGUGCAAUGUCCGCAUCCAGUGUACUGGAAGUCGACUGAGUCAAGGCCAGAGGAUUACAUUGAUCUCAGUGACAGAGGCAAAACCACUUCGUUUGGAAUAUUUUCUCCAGUGCUCGGCCCAAUUAUAGAACUGAUAGGCUUGUUCGACGUCCCCACAUCCCUAACACUCCGAGUUCCAACAUUUGAUGGCAGCAUCAAACUCGGACACUCGGACAAAAUGGUCAUUCAACUUGCUGCAUUGAGUAUGGCGACCAUAUUCGGUGGCAUCCAUUGUCUAGCCUGGCCGUUUGCCUUCGUCACACAUCAGGAACGGCUCCUCUGGCGCAUAUGUGCCCUCGGUAUAACUGGCACACCCUGGCUUUUCUUUUUUGCGACUUUCACAUUCGAUUCAGCAGGUGCGGCAGUUCUGAUAUUUCUGUAUUUCUUGAUUGGUUUGGUAUCUAUCGUACUGUACGUUACAGCUCGUGCCAUCCUCUUGGUGCUUAUGUUCACUACUUUACGCCAUCUUCCUGCUGGAGCAUACCGGGCGGUAGAUUGGGUUACUUUGGUUCCGCACUUGUAGUUCCUUGUCAUGGUACUUGCGAUACAUUUCAUACUUUUGCAAUGACAUUCAGAUGUAGCGUAGUGGACGAUGGACCUAGGCUAGGUAGUAGGUAGUACACCCUUGGUACACCCAAUCGCUAUGACACCCGACACGAUCAC